CGAUCAUCACAGAACACUUCGCCAUAGCUGUACAACAUAUCGACUCUCAUCUUGCCCCUCAUCUUUACUAUCGAAUCGUUCGACAUCGCGGAACCUCGAGACAAGAGGGGAAUUCCGUUCGACCGUGUCGACCUUUCGACUGCGGGCUCCACACUAGGCCAUCAAUAUUCCGGCAAAGAUUACAACAUUCAAUUCUCAGGUUGUCCAGCGUAGUGCUACUCCUGGGUACGGAAGUCUAGUGUGCAAAAAAGUCUACCGUUCAUCAUCCAAGGCCACUAUUACCAAGCCCUCUCGAUAGCACCACAUCUUCGCCUGCUUCUUCGAGAUUGCAUUAUUCUCCACUAGGAUAUGCCUCAACAGGGCUCUGAUCAAUCCCGUUCACAGUCGGGCUCGGGGCCGUUCCGCUUGUCACUGCAACUACCGGAAAAGAAACGCCAACAACUUCAGGCUCACGAGAGGAAACAGACCACCAGCCAGUCGUCCAACAACAACGGUUCUUCCGGAGGCUCCUCUUCUGGAGGUUCAGCUCAAGCUAACGGACCGAUGACGCCCGGAGCUGGAAAUGCGGCGGGGUCGUUCUACAACAACUCGCCGUCCACGAACAACAACAGCAGCAAUAAUCCGAGCGGCGGUAACGUCAACAACAGCAACACCAUGAACCCCGGUGGAGCGGCUUCCUACAUCCACCAGCAGGCUCCUGAAGGAUUCGGUGACUCCCCCGUUCCUACACAAUACCCGUUUACGAUCGGAAUGCACGUCCCCGGGUACACCGCGGCGGACCAUCAGGCGGUUCAACAGGCGAGGACGACGAGCAUGAGUAAUGCUUCUGGGAUGAACAAGAUGCAACAACAAGCCGGUCAAAUGGCUGCUCCUUUGUCAUCGGCCCUGGCGAACAACCCGCAUAGCUAUGUUCCGAUAGGUAUGGGUUUGGCCGGGCCGGGCGAGGGGAUGAGUCCGGGAGGGAGUAUCGGAAGUUACAACGAUCAGGGAGGUGUGUCGGGUGGUCCAGGGACGGAAGGUGGACGUCAGAGUAUCGGAGGGGGGUCCAAUUUGAUGCCCGGGGUCCCCGAUCCAGAGACAUUCGAGUUUAUGAAACGUAAACGCUGGCCACAACUCUUGAUGCAAGAACUCGUCGGUGCCGCCGUGUGGUGUUUGAUCCCUUACGACUCGUCGCCACAGACAGGACCUGGUCGAGGUCGGAGCGGAUGGAAGAUCAUCUUCGCUUCGCCGGCCACGCACGAGUUGUUGGGUUACAAGCCAGAAGAAGUCGAGGGCAACGAUUGGGCGGAUUUUGUCUAUCCGAUCGAUCUCGCCCGAUUGAUGCAGAACAUCCGUGCUUCGAUCGCCUCCUCCAACGAACCCACCGGUUCGCCGCCACAACAACAUCACUUCCAACUCAGUAGCUCGAGGACAUCGGCUUUCGAUCCUCCUACUGUAUCGUCGAAUGUCCCUCUAGGCAACUUUGCCGGUCCAUCGAAAUCACUGAACGUAUACACGAGGAUGGUCUGCAAGGACGGCAAGGAGACGUUGUUUGAACUGAGAGGUCAUCCAUACUUUGGCGACGAAUACGAUGAACCCGGUACACCCGAUUCGUCCGGGAGCAAUGGCGGCUUCGACGGAGGUGGUGUCAUGGGGACGACCAGGGCGCAGCGAAGGUCCUUUGGAGCGGGGAUAGGUGGAGGAAUGGGCAUAGAUGACGACGAUGAGCGGUCUUGCAAGGCGUUCUGGGUUAUGGGUAGGAAAUGGCAGGGACAGGGAGAUGGAGGCGCAAAGAUGCUGGACUCGUUCCUGGAGCUGAAGAUGGAGAAUGAGAGGUUGAGGCAAGAGUUGAGAGACUUGCAAGCUCGGCCAUUUGCUGCUCGUCAAUCCGUCAGCCAGUACAACCCGAUGCCACCAUCCGCAUCCAGCAGCAAGAACGAGAACAUCAACACAGGCUACAUGGGCAACCUCAACUCGUCCGACGAGGACGAUGACGAGGACGAUGAUGAUGACGACCGCUCGAUGAUGCAGGCCCGCAACAUGUCGACGAGUGGUCCCGUGGGAAUGCAGAACAUUCAGUUCCAGACAAACGAGUCGUUCCAGCUCGGAGGAGGAUUGCUCGACGACAAGAAGGCCAAGAAACCGAAGUUGAGCAGCAAGAACCCGGAGUAUCUCUGCCGAAACUGUGGAAGGAACGAUUCACCAGAAUGGCGAAAGGGCCCGCUGGGACCAAAGACACUCUGCAACGCAUGUGGUCUCCGAUGGGCCAAGCGAAAUGCUGGCAACAUCCCUCGGCGAAAACCCAAGGACAAGGACAAGGACGACGGAAAGGAAGGCGGGCCAUCCAUGGACACUGAAAGCAUCUACGAUGCUGGUAUGAUGGACAUGGCCUGAGCCGAGACGCAUAUCCAGCUCUCGCACAUUUAACGACCUCUUGACGACCCUCCGAUUGUUUACGGCUUCUCGACUCGUUUCCAUUAUCCUUUUCGAUUUCUCGUGCUUUGGUUACAUCGCUUGGAUAGAAUCCAGCCAUUACUUUAGCGAAUUAGCGAAGCGAUGGACCUUGUAGUCUCGAUAUAUACGAUGUGCGACGCGGGAUAUAUACACGCGAAUACCGAUACUGAGUGGUCUGGUCAUG